GGCCUCCGAUCAGAUGGUGUCAGUGCGCGGUAGUGAGUAGCGGCUCGAUCCCUGGAGCUGGAGCUCUUCAGCAGCGGAGACACGACUGGUUUUACUGGGUGGUUCACUGGAGCACGACUCGCUCUGAUUCCAUUCAGGGAGAGAAUUAACGACCGCUGUAUGAGCAGCACAGCACUGUAGCUUGACCAAACAUAGGAGCAGAACCAGCCAGUGAGAGGCGACUGUUUCUCUGAUCAUCUUCAACCGUUUAUUAAAACCACGUCACUUCUAAAGGUCAGCUGAUCCAUCAAGAGUCCAGCUUCUCUAACUAUUAGACACUCAGGCGGAGCGGGGGUGCGGCAGCUUCGGCCUCAGCAGAAACUCUUCACUAUGGACUUGGAUGAGGAGGAGAACAUGAGUUCCUGCAGCACCGACGUCAAGGAAAACCGCAACCUGGACAACGUCUCCUCCAAAGAGGGGACGGGCAGGCCCGAGCAGCUCCCCAACGGCAGCAGAGGAGGCGGCCGCAAACGCCCCCUGGAGGAGGGCAAUAAUGGUCACGCGCACUCCAAGUUCAGACCCAAGAAGCGUAAGAAAACUCCGGGGCCGGUGCUCCCCAAAAACGCCCUGAUGCAGCUAAACGAAAUAAAACCGGGCCUCCAGUACAAGCUUCUGUCCCAGACCGGUCCAGUCCAUGCACCCGUAUUCGUCAUGACCGUUGAGGUGAACGGGCAGAUUUUCGAGGGUUCGGGCCCCACCAAGAAGAAAGCCAAGCUAAACGCCGCUGAGAAAGCCCUGCGCUCCUUCGUGCAGUUCCCGAACGCCUCAGAGGCGCAUCUGGCCAUGGGGCGCACCCUCACCAUCAACACAGACUUCACCUCGGACCAGGCCGAUUUCCCCGACAUGCUCUUCAACGGGUUCGAGACUCCGGCGCAGCACGAGGACUUCUACCUGGGCUCCAACGCCAACGGCUCCCUGAACCCGCUUGGAGAAUAUCCCGUUCUCCAAACGGCGGGCGCAAACAGCCUGACGCAGGCGCCCCUGCCCGCCCCCUCCACCUUCAGCACGUCCUCCAGCGGUAAGAACCCGGUCAUGAUCCUGAACGAACUGCGACCGGGCCUGAAGUACGAGUUUGUGUCCGAGAGCGGCGAGAGCCACGCCAAGAACUUCGUCAUGUCGGUGACGGUGGAUUCUCAGAACUUCGAGGGAUCCGGCAGGAACAAGAAGCUGGCAAAGGCCCGCGCCGCUCAAGCCGCUCUGUCCGCUCUGUUUAACAUGCAGCUGGACCAGACGCCAUCCCGCCAGCCAAUCCCACGAGAGGGUCUUCAGCUACACCUGCCACAGGUUUUGGCGGACGCCGUCUCUCGUCUCGUGGUGGACAAAUUCAGCGAGCUGACGGACAACUUCACGUCCCCUCAUGCUCGGAGGAAAGUGCUGGCUGGAGUGGUCAUGACAACAGGCACUGAUGUGAAGGAGGCUCAGGUGAUCUGUGUCUCCACCGGAACCAAGUGCAUAAACGGCGAAUACAUGAGCGACCGCGGCCUGGCGCUGAACGACUGCCACGCCGAGAUCAUCGCUCGCCGCUCCCUCCUCCGAUACCUGUACAUGCAGCUGGAACAUUUCCUCAGCAACGGCAAAGAGGAGCACGAGAAAUCCAUCUUCACUCAGUGUGAUAAACACGGCUACCGACUGAAGGACAACGUCCAGUUUCACCUGUACAUCAGCACGUCGCCGUGUGGAGACGCUCGGAUCUUCUCCCCCCACGAGGCGGGCGUCGAAGAUCAGGGAGACCGACACCCGAACAGAAAGGCUCGGGGUCAGCUGAGGACUAAGAUUGAGUCGGGCGAGGGAACCAUCCCAGUGCGCUCCAACAACACCAUCCAGACGUGGGACGGGGUUCUACAGGGGGAGAGACUCCUCACCAUGUCGUGCAGUGACAAGAUCGCCAGGUGGAACGUGGUGGGGAUCCAGGGCUCACUGAUGAGCUACUUCACUGAGCCCAUCUACUUCUCGAGCAUCAUCCUGGGCAGCCUGUACCACGCUGAUCACCUCUCACGUGCCAUGUACCAGCGCAUCGCCGAUAUCGAACAUCUGCCCCAGCAGUUUACUCUCAACCGGCCCCUGCUCAGCGGAAUCAGUAACGCGGAGGCACGGCAGCCGGGUAAAGCUCCAAACUUUAGCGUGAACUGGACUGUGGAAGACCAGAGCCUGGAGAUCAUCAACGCCACCACGGGAAAGGACGACAUGGGCCGACCGUCUCGCCUCUGCAAGCAUGCUCUGUACAGCCGCUGGGUUCGGCUGCACUCUAAGCUCUCGUCCACCUUAAGGAUCAAAAUGGUCAAGCCGAGUUCGUACCACGAAGCCAAACAGGCGGCGGUGGAGUACCACGACGCCAAGCAGGCGCUCAUCAAAGCCUUCCAGAAAGCUGGUUUGGGGGCCUGGGUGAAGAAGCCUAUAGAACAGGACCAGUUCUCUCUCAGCUCCUGAAGGGUGGAGCUCAAAGAUCUGAACGAUACGACUAAAACCAGCUGAUGAUACGUCAUGUGUGUGUGUGUGUGUGUGUGUAAGUGUGUGUGUGUGGGUGUGUGUGUGUUUCCAGCCCUUCAGUCCCACAUAACUCAUCAUAAAUCGGUUCGUUGGACGAUACCUGUUUGGUUAGAUGGGUCAGAACUAUUGAUGAAUUAAAGAGGAGGCUUCCGAUGGCACAAACACCCACUUUUAUUCCUUUUUUGUUCUUUUUAUUCUGUUUUAUUUGUAAAUGUCAGUGGUUCAUGUCCUGUUUUCUCAUGUCAAACAGUGGUUUAGUAAGCAGAUCGUUUUUUUGAUGAUGAAUUGGACGUCGGACCCGGAUACGGUAUCUGUUUUUAAAGAUCCUGGCCUCAGACCUUCAUGAAAAACAGUAAAUCUAUUCAUUUUUUUAUUCCCGUCUGUAGUUUUCAUUAGUUUUUAUGACACGUUGCAUCACGGUGCAUCACAGUUGAUCACACUACUGACUUCCUUGCAUGUUUGUACUGUGUAUUUGUGUGUCGUCUGUAUUUCUCCGGACAAAAAGUAGAUCUCCUACGACGCUGCCUUCUUUUGUCCAUUUUCCCAGCGUCACCACUUCAGGCGUUUAGAUACUUUUACAGAAAUGUCUUUUAUAAACUGCAUGAAAAAAACUCCCACGCUAGGUUUUGUAGCGCCUCCCGUUUAGCUACUACGAGUCGGCGUCUGAGUUAAGUGUCGUAAAGCUAAUGCCGAACGUUUUACCCCCCUGCUUUUAGAGCCAAUCAGGAAACGACUCUUCAGUGGUGCACGUUUUUGUUAAACGUCUCUUUGCAUGGAAGGAAUGAACAGUUUUUAGGGGCGAUUUUAAAACACCCCACAUCCCUCAUGGCUGCAGCUUUGUUCUCAUUCAAAUUUCCAGCGCCCGCGUCCGUUUAGCACAGACGUCUUCGUUGGCGGAGCCGUAUGGAGGUCGGCCUUCCUGAUGCAAUUUUUUCCUGCUGUUUAAAAGCUUGUGCACUUGGGAAGGGAGCAUGUUUUUAUUUUUAUCAAACUUUUAUUCUACUGCGGGUUUUUAUAUGGCAAAUCGUGAAGAAUGUAUGUUUAAACAAUAUACACUAUACAGCCAAAAGUUUGUGGACACCUGCCACUAUUUUCAUCACGUUUGAACCUGUGAUCCACCAGUUCCAAUAGAUACUGUUAUAAGUCACAAGAGCAUCAUACUGGCAGCUAAGUUCCCUUAAACCAGCAGCAUCCAAACUUUUCUUGUUGGGGGCCAGACGGAGUAAACAAUACACGACCACGGGGCCACAGAGUGUUUAGUAAUAAAAGAAAUAAAAAUAUAACCUAGCUCCUGAUUACUAACAAUUCCACUUUAUGUUUAUCUGAGUGAUUAAUGAUCUAGCGUCCACAGUCACUCACCAGUUUAUAAUCCUAAUAGAACGAUUAUUAUACUUCUUGAAAUUAAACCACUUCCCUCUGAACGCCUGAAAUCUUCUGUGUUCUUUUCUCUGAAGCCACCGUGUUUAUCCAAAAACUGGGGAACGUUAAUGUAGGUGUGAUGUUAAUGUUUUGAGUCGGGGGAAUGAAGACGGGGAGAGUUUUAGAUCUUUAGAUUUUAGUUUAAUGUGAGAGCGCCACCCAGAGGUCAAACAAAUCAAGCAGUUUUGUUUAAAACCUGCUUAAUAACGGAACAACUUUAUUUCUAAAAUACCUCGUGAGCUGUAUUACAAAUUGUGACACCCCUGUCUUAGACCAAACUGAGCAAGCUAUUUUUAUAAAUUUUACUUUGUAGCAUGACGUGUUUUAUUUUCUUUUGCAACAAACCAAAUUUAACAAAUAAAAUUACAGGUAAUAAGCAGAUGAGUGAUAUAUACACCGAUGAGGCAUAACAUUAUGACCACCUUCUUAAUAUUGUGUUGGUUCCACUUUUGCUGCCCCAUACGCAACAAACUGUGCUGCACCGUGUAUUCUGACACCUUUCUAUCAGAACCAGCAUUAACUUCUUCAGCAAUUUGAGCUACAGUAGCUCGUCUGUUGGAUCGGACCACACGGACCAGCCUUCGCACCCCACGUGCAUUAAUGACCCUGUCGCCGGUUUACCACUGUUCCUUCCUUGGAGCACUUUUGAUAGAUACUGACCACUGCAGACCGGGAACACCCCACAAGAGCUGCAGUUUUGGAGAUGCUCUGACCCAGUCGUCUAGCCAUCACAAUUUGGCCCUCGUCAAACUCGCUCAGAUCAUCACGCUCGCCCAUUUUUCCUGCUUCUAACAUCAACUUUGAGGAUACAAUGUUCACCCCCCCCCCCCCCCCCCCCAACAGGUGCCGUGAUAAAGAGAUAAUCAGUGUUAUUCACUUCACCUGUCAGUGCUCAUAAUGUUAUGUCUGGUCGGUGUAAGUUAAAUCCUAAUUUCUACAGUACUUUGGCCCUCUAGGACUGAAGUCUGACACUUUCCCUUUAGGAUGUCUUUGUAUGCUGUAGCAAAAGCAUUUUCCUUCACUCUUUACGCCACUGGGCAUCCACACCACAGUUUCAGUGGUAUGUAGAUGCACGUUGAUUUUUAUAGACCGGAAAUAUGAUUCCAUGAAAUAAAGGGUGUCUAUGUACUUUUGGCAGUGUAGUAAGUCGAUUUAGUAUAGAGAUCUUAUUUUUUAACGCAGACACAGGCAGCGUGUGAAUAUAUUUUACAUCACAUUGCGGUUGGUUUUAUCGCUGCAGGUCUGCCGGCUGAUUUCUGAAUUGAAUUUAUCCUGCAGUUCCAAACAUGACUGGAUUUACUGAAUUCUCUCAACAGCAUGAUGUUUCUUAUAACCAAGUCGUGUGUGUGUGAGCGAAUGUGUGAGCGUGUGUGUGCGAGCAUGUACCUGCUGCUGAGCCCUACUGGUUCUCUUACCGAGAUAUCAGUGCAACAGGACUUGGAGAUUGCUGAUUAAUCUUCACCAAAGAUGAUGUCUCUCUCUCUCUCUCUCUCUCUCUCUCUCUCUCUUUUUCUUUUUAAAGCUGAAAAAAUAAAAAACUGAACAGCAUUUUUAUUAUUUUUGAACUUGUUGACGCAUCACGAAUGCAAAGUUUACUUAAACUGCUCAUCAAGGGUUUCUUUUUUUUUUUUAUGGGGUAUUUUCAUUUCAUGAUAUAUUCCAGUAGGUGGAUUGAACAUGAAACCAGGUCUGUUUGAUUUGUGCGGUGAUUUCAGAGUCGCGUUUCUCUACCUGUUCGUUUGCUCCUGUAAAUAUUGUGAUGCUCUUUGUUGUUGCCAUGGAAACUUUGCAUCUAUUAUUGAUAUGUUUUGAAUGUGUGUGUUUUUCAUAAUGCUCAAUUCCACAAAUGUACAAAAAAACAACAACAAUGAAACUGAAAACGGUAGCUUCUGUACUACGUAUUAAUGCCAGCAUUAGUUUUCUUUCUGUUUGUUUUUAUACCGUAUUUGACUUAAUGUUCCACGUCUGGUAGAUCCAGAGAAAAGAGACAGAAAUUGGGUCCGUCUAAAAAUCCUCCUGAGCUGCCUUGUGUGGCUGCCUAAGUAGGGAGGAUUCUAAUAAGACAUCGAACUCAUAAUGCGGACUAUUUAGGCGCACUACUUAGACAGCGAUCACUCCGAUUGCAACACUGCAGCGUUAGCUUAAUGAGCUAACACAGUUAGCCUCAUAGCCUCAGCCCAUUCAAACCGGCGGGCUGAAGCGGCGCAACCCGCUAGCAUGUCGGCUAACGGUUAAACUGUCCCUGACGAGCCCGAAUUUACUAUUAAUAAAUGACACUUGUAUUAUUACACCUUUAUACAGAUUUAAAAUAUAUGAGAAUUUAUUUACAUUUGAAAAGAAAUACGAUAUGUAAAAUGUAUAAAUGUUUAAAUGAAACCUCAAAAAUGUAAACAUAAAUCUCAAACCCCCACAGGUUAAAGCCCAGAUGUGAUAAAAGUGCUAGACAGGUUACAGGGAAUUAUUAUUAUUAUUAUUAUUAUUAUUAUUAUUAUUGAACUUGAGUCACUGUUCUGACUGUCUAAGCUUUACUUCAUUGCUUCUGCUGUUCUUUAUCACUAACCAAGAUGUCAACAAAUGAUGUCAACAACACGAUCCUAACCUGGACGGACGUUUCUUUUGUAUUAUUUUGGAACUGGAGCGUGUUUGGGACUUAGUUUUAGUACAUGAGUCCUGACUCUACCCUGUGAUCAGUGCUUCGGUCCUGGUCAGUCCUGUUCUGCGAGCACCGUGAUUUGGCGACUGUAGGAGGGGGUACGGCGGUGCUCCUCACGGCCUCCUCCUGCAGCGUCUUCUGUAAAAAUCCACAUGGGUCACCUGCAUGAGCUCCUCCACUGAAGCUGCACCCAGCAUGAUGAUUAUCAAAGGACUUGUAUGUAGGAAAAAAUGCAUAGAUGUAUAUAAUAAUGAGAAAAAAAAUAAACAAAAUAUUAGUUUACCUUCA